CCCGGGUUAUAAUUUCCUAAAAGUCGGACGAACAUCUAUUAUAAUUUAGAGUGUGAUUACGUUAUUAUUUUUUGUCUGCAUAUUUGUUAGUAUCGUUGCUGAUUACGGGACAAUCUGUAUAAUAUUGACGCUACACGUGCGUAUUAUUAAAGUAUUAGCUCUUCACUUGAACUAUUUCAAUUGGAAUCACUGAUACAACUGAUGACCGCCAAAUGUAAUUACCCCGGCAAAAUAUCAAUUCAUUUUUCAAAUGAAUGCAGACGACUCAACAUUGACACGUUCAAAUUAUAAAAUGUUGCUCAAGUAAUGGGUAAUUUAUGAGAAAUGUUGAGCGUUAUAGUACUGGUUUUAUUCUUGAAAACAGUCACAGUAUCAGAAGAAGACGAGGAGCAGUUCGAGAAACAUAUUCAAAGAGUAUCUUCCGAUUUAUAUCCAUGUAAACAACCUAGUCCUAGAGUUAUAUAUCUUCCCGAAAUAUUUGGAGAUAAAUGGGGAACCUACAAACAACAUCAAGCAUCCAUCAGACCUUUAGCAACAGUGCUUCAUAGAUGUCAAGCAAGCGGAUGUUGUGAAAAGUACAAUCAAAUAUGUAGAGCGAAACAUGAAAAGCCCGUACCCCUAAUGUUUCUAAUUGCCUCUACAGGUGAAUACGUAUUACUCACGGCAAUCAAUGAUACGGAAUGUAUAUGUGAGUUGGAUAAUUCAAUUACAUGAAACUAAUUA